AUGGCGGCGGCUAUCGCCAGCUCGCUCAUCCGGCAAAAGAGGCAAGCCCGCGAGCGCGAGAAAUCCAAUGCCUGCAAGUGUGUCAGCAGCCCCAGCAAAGGCAAGACCAGCUGCGACAAAAACAAGUUAAACGUCUUUUCCCGGGUCAAACUCUUUGGCUCCAAGAAGAGACGCAGAAGGAGACCAGAGCCUCAGCUUAAGGGUAUAGUUACCAAACUAUACAGCCGGCAAGGCUACCACUUGCAACUGCAGGCAGAUGGAACCAUUGAUGGCACCAAAGACGAGGACAGCACUUACACUCUGUUUAACCUCAUCCCUGUGGGUCUUCGAGUGGUGGCUAUCCAAGGAGUUCAAACCAAGCUGUAUUUGGCCAUGAACAGCGAGGGAUACUUGUACACCUCGGAACAUUUCACACCUGAGUGCAAAUUCAAAGAAUCGGUGUUUGAAAAUUAUUAUGUGACAUACUCUUCAAUGAUCUACCGUCAGCAGCAAUCUGGCCGAGGGUGGUAUCUGGGUCUGAACAAAGAAGGAGAGAUCAUGAAAGGCAACCAUGUGAAGAAGAACAAGCCUGCAGCACAUUUUCUGCCCAAACCACUGAAAGUGGCCAUGUACAAGGAGCCAUCUCUGCACGAUCUCACGGAGUUCUCCCGAUCUGGAAGUGGGACCCCGACCAAGAGCAGAAGCGUCUCUGGAGUACUGAAUGGAGGCAAAUCCAUGAGCCACAACGAAUCAACGUAGCCAGUGAGGGCAAAAUGAGGGCUCUAUAACAGAACCUUACCUCCAGGUGCUGUUGAAUUCUUCUAGCAGUCCUUCAUCCGAAAGUUCAGACCUAUCAGUGAGGUUUACCAAACACACAGGCAGAGUUCCCUAUUCUAUCUGCCAUUAUACCUUGUUAUCAUCCAUAUUAAAGCCCCUUAAUUUAGAUUAAGCUUGUGCAAAAGAAUGCCAAGCAUUAUCAAUGAACUAAACCUGGAAGAAGGACUGCCAAAUUUUCUCAUGAUCUCACGUAUACUUUGGGGAUAGAUAACACAGCAAAAAUAUUUAACAGCACGAAUGCUGGUCAAUUUGCUUCCCAACUAAGAAAUUUUAAAAGACCACAGCUAUUCAUAACAAAAGAAAACAACAAAACAAAGUUAACUGCUUAAAUGUUUUGUAGGAGCAAACAAAUUCUGUGAACUGUGCUGUUUUCUUGGCUUCGUGUUUUCUAUCUCUGCUUGAUUCAAAUGUACUCUUUACUUUCAUAUAGUGCAACUUUAUGAUUUCUGAAAAAUAAUGGUUCUAUUGACUCUGUCACUUAAUCCAUAACAACCUAGCGCUCUCUCUCUCUCUCUCUCCCUCCCUCCCUCCCUCCCUCCC